AGUUUCCUCCAAGCACAGAACCACCAAGAGGGACGACUACGAUGGACUGAAAACCAUCAAAAGGGGCGAGACAUCGAAUGGAAAUGUUCAGGUACGUCGCAAAAUAUCUACAUGUAUACCAUGGACACUGAUAUGAUUCCAAAAUUCUCCUCGAAAGACGAGGAGAUUAACUUCUGGAAGGCUCUUUCCCUCAAGUACAAGAAAAAUUACCAGGAGGCCCAGGAGGAGCUGCUGGAGUUCCAGGAGGGCAGCAGAGAGCUGGAGGCAGAGCUGGAAACCCAGCUGGGCCAGGCCGAGCACCGUAUGAGAGACCUGCACUCUGAGAACAGCAGGCUCAAGAACGAGGUGGACUCACUCAAGGAGAAACUGGAGCAGCAGUAUGCCCAAAGCUACAAGCAGAUCAACAUGCUGGAGGACGACCUAGGACAGACCCGGGGCAUCAAGGAGCAGCUCCACAAAUACGUCCGGGAACUGGAGCAGUCCAACGACGACCUGGAAAGAGCGAAAAGGGCUACGAUUGUUUCCCUGGAGGACUUUGAGCAACGUCUGAACCAGGCCAUCGAGAGGAAUGCCUUCCUGGAGAGUGAGCUUGAUGAGAAAGAGUCCCUCCUGGUCUCAGUGCAGAGAUUAAAGGACGAGGCCAGAGACCUGCGACAGGAGCUCGCCGUCCGAGAGCGAAAUACGGACAUGAUCAGGAUGUCGGCACCCGCCUCGCCCACCCAGGAGAACAACGACAAGAUGGAUUCCUCUGUCCAAGCCUCACUGUCUCUCCCCGCCACGCCGCUCGCCAAUAGUAUGGACAACGCCUUCGCCAACCCAACAGAGUUGUCCAACGGCCUUGGUAACUCACUGACUCCCUCUGCCAGAAUAUCAGCACUCAACAUCGUAGGUGACCUGCUUCGGAAAGUAGGGGCUCUGGAGUCUAAACUGGCAGCCUGCAGGAACUUUGCCAAGGACCAGAAAGCCAGAAAGUCUUACGCCAUCACGGAAAACGGGAACGUGAUCAACGGCAACACAGCCAAGUUCUCCCAUACACUCCACAUGACGUCAUCGUAUUACGACAAAACCAGGUUGGUGAACGGCCUGGACUCUGGCACACUGACAGCCAUCACAGCACCCCCCGCUCCCUCCCCCCCUGGCCUACUGCCUCUCAUCGUGUGACAGUGACAGACACCACGCCCUAAUUUACCCCCCCCCCCCGCCGCCGCCGCCGCCAAUGGACAAGGCUAUAUCCUUAAACAGAAAGCAUUGUGAGGACGUCAAACAAGUCCAAACAAGAGAAAGCACAUAAAAAUAGCUAGCACUAUGAAACACUUUUCACAUACUGUAAUACUGGCCCCUCGUUGCAGUCACUGCAUAUUCACAGGCUGUCUCUAUGUAAUUCUGGCCCUUUAGUGCUUGUGCUCUGGUCCUACUGUACAUAUGGCUCACUGUUUGUAGCCUAUAUUUUAUAUGUACUUCCUAAUUGUUUACUGCUUGUACAUUUAGCUCACUCUACACAGACACCCAAAGAGAAGGUUUACCCAAAGAGAAGGUAUCUAUGUAGGAUCCUAUCCUCUCUGCAGUCAUUUUCCAAAUCUUUAGUUUAGACAGAAAAAACACACAUUAUGCAAUUGAAAGUGUGACACAGUGAGGGUUUCCGAUAUACAUGUUACUGUAAUUGUAUUGAACUGUUACGAUUUAUCAGAGAUGGUGUACAAGUGAAAGAAUAUAGAUUAGCCAGAGUCUACAGAAGAAGUAAAAUGUCUGGAUUACUGUAACACAUUAAUCUAGCAUCAUUGCUUCAGACUAUGCAGAGGCCCUCUCUCCUCCAACUCUCCACACCUUAUUUGACAUUUCUUAUAAAUGGAAACUAGGGUUAAUGGAUUGGCAGCUGGCACACGUGUGUAGAUGUGUUUAAUAGCCUGGAACGGUCCUUCACCACGUGGACAUGCUCCUAACAAGCUGACUUAUUGUCCAUCACUAAAGGUGGUUUAAAUCUCCUGUGUCAACCUCAUAUGCCUUUCUGACCUUGAGUCUAACUUCAGUAGCCAUCUGAAGAAUUAAUGUUAGUUUUGUGGUUUUUAUUUAUGAAUGUGUUCAAAUAAAAAUGCAUUGGUUUAGACCUGUUCAAAAGGGAUGGUGAAGUAAAAUCCUCAUUGUGUCGUCGUGUUGAGUAUUCUGGGCUACUUAGGCUCAGCUCAGUUUAACGGUAUGACAACGUGCACGGUAUUGGUCAUAUUGAUCAUUAUAGAUGUCCACUUGAGUGGUGCUGUCAUGGUGUGUUAGACCACUUUUGCCAGUAUUCCAUUUUGGGAUUUUAACUGCAAAUCUUUCAUUUUCUGUGUUGAGUUUUCACUGGUAUCUUAUUGUAUUUAAAAUAUCACACAACCCUGUGUUAGCAACCUAAAUUGUAAGUAAAUAGCACUUCAUCUUGUGCAAAUAUUUUCCUUGUAUUUUCACAUUAUUUUAUCAGUUUUAUUCAAGUGCAAUAUUGCCUGUUGGUAUGUUUUGUUUUAAUAUACAUAGUUUUGUUAAUUUAUUUCAGAUUCAUUUUAUGGCAUGAUGUGUUCAAAUAUAUAGGAUGUGAUUAUACAGCAAUUAGUCAAAUAUCAUGAUGUAGGAUCCGUUGUCUUAAAAUGUUGAGAAAAUAAAUAAAUAUAAAGCCAA